CUGCUGGGCGUUAAUAACCUUUAUUCAGCGAAGAAGAGUCGAUGGAAGACAAAUUCACCUAGAUUGCAUGGACUCACAAAUCUGCUAGUUUUUUCUUGUACUCGUCAGUUUAUCUCCAGAAAUUCCCAUUACCACGGUUUUUCUUUUGCUAGUCUUUCCAUUCAUCCUCAACUCGGAAUCUGCUUCAACGUUCUUGUAUGUUUCCAGGGAGUUCUCCUUUUACUCUCCUCUUCAGGAGGUAUCUCGAUUGGUUUAAGUAAAGAUGCCUGUCCAGUGCAGUAGCUGUGGGGAGAAGCGUGCCACGCUGAAACGUCCAAAAACGGGCCACUCGCUGUGUAAGGAGUGCUUCUUCUGGGCCUUUGAGGAGGAGGUGCAUCAAACCAUAGUGUCAGCGAAAUUGUUCAAACCUGGCGAGACCGUUGGGAUUGCCGCAUCUGGUGGCAAAGAUUCCACGGUUCUCGCACACGUAAUGAAGCUCCUGAACAAGAGAUACUCGUACGGCCUGGAGCUCAUGCUGCUCUCUGUCGAUGAAGGCAUCACUGGUUAUAGAGAUGACUCUUUGGAGACUGUGAAGAGGAACCAGCAACAGUAUGAGCUUCCACUGAAGAUAGUGUCAUACGAGGAGCUGUAUGGCUGGAGCAUGGAUGCUAUAGUGAAGCAAGUGGGAAUGAAAAAUAACUGCACCUUUUGUGGCGUCUUUCGGCGACAGGCCCUGGAUAGAGGAGCUGUCAUGCUCAAAGUGGACAAGAUCUGCACAGGUCACAAUGCCGAUGACAUAGCCGAAACAGUGCUGAUGAAUGUCUUGCGAGGGGACAUAGCCCGUCUGCGGCGUUGUACCGCCAUCUCCACCAACAGCGAGGGCGAAGGGGUCGUACCACGCUGCAAGCCCCUCAAAUACGCCUAUGAGAAAGAAAUAGUUUUGUACGCUUAUUUCAAAAAGUUGGACUACUUCUCCACUGAAUGCAUCUACUCUCCCAAUGCGUAUCGUGGUUAUGCAAGGACCUUUUUAAAAGAUCUGGAGAGCAUCCGUUCCAGCACCAUCAUUGAUAUCAUCCAUUCGGGAGAGACUCUUUCAAUACGGGAUGAUGUGAAGAUGCCCGUACAGGGCACCUGCACCAAGUGUGGCUAUAUCUCCAGUCAGACUCUGUGUAAGUCCUGUGUGCUGCUGGAAGGUCUGAAUCGAGGCUUGCCCAAACUGGGCAUAGGAAAACACCAUCGCUUGCAUCAUAAAAUUGUCAACAAUGAGCCACUUACUGAGAAGGAGAAGAGCAAGUUGAAAGUGUUAGACAUUUGACAAAUAGAUUAAAUGAAGGUUCUUUUUAUCUCAACUGUUAACAUAGAUAAUGAACUCAAGCGCUGGUUUUAUCUUCAAUAAUUGCAUGGAUCGUUCAAGUUUGCUGCCGUUUCAUUAUUAGCUUUGUUCUGUUCAGGUUGUGCUGUAACUGACUAUUUAACUGCAGUACUUAUACUUGUAUUGAGAUUUAUAACAUUUUUGCUUGGGGUUGCUGUUGAAUCUGAAAUAACAGUGGAUAAUUGUUCCUUGUAUUUUUUUCCCCCUUCCUCUAGGUUCCCAAUGAUGUAGUUUACUAUAGAUAGGUUUCAAAUUAUGUCACCACCACCCUUAGACCAAUCGGAUAGAAAAAAAAAUUCACGCUUCACCUAUCACCUGUGUUCUCUGACCUCUAUGACACACAAGAUGGUGUAAUUGGAAACCUAUCCAUUGUCAUACAGCAUUGACAAUAAGUGUGUACGUAUGUGUCUAUAAAAUAAACUUGCCAACUCAA